CAUCAUUCUAGAAGCGUUGUAGCUCUCAUUUCGCAUUCGAAGAUGAGCUCGUCGUGGUUGCUACGUCGCUGCACGUCUCCGCUAGCGGCAGCGCGUGUACGUGCGUGUGCAGCUCCGUAUGCCUCAAUGAGUACCUUGGAUUCCCCGCUGAGCACUCAAUGCGCUUCAGACCGCGCUGCUCGCCUUCAUUUUGCCACACGUUCGAAGUCCCCACUCGCAUCUUCUUUACCAUUGCUGUCUCGAUCGCUUACUCUACCCAUUAACAAAGCGUUUGGCAGCGGACACACGCCUGCAGCGGCAAUCCAGCUGAAGCGCUUCUAUUCGCCAGGGAGAAACCCGUGGCAGAACGGCAACGACUGGAAGUCCACGUUGAAGACUGGAGGUCUCGUGUUGCUUGGCACAGGCGCGCUCAUCGCUUCCACAUCGCUGGCAUUUGGAUUGGCCAUUGCUGGGGCUGCGGGAUUCGGAAUGUACACGCUGUACCAGCGUUUCUUCGGCCCGUACCGGGCGCACUUCCGGUCUUCGAGCGAUCCGUUCAGCAAUGUGAGCUCCAAUAUUGACACGCUAAACGACAUGUUUACGCGCAGUCGACGACGCACCAAGUCGGCGGUGCAGGAUGAUCUGGACUCGCUGGUCCAGGGCAUGCCUCUGGUUGUGCGUGGGAUUGUCAAGACGAUGUUUUCGUUCGUGGGCAAGGUGAUGCAGAGCUCAAUGGAAAGAGCGGGUGAGCUGCGACGACGUACGAACGAGUAUCUGCAGGCGAACAAGCGCGUGCGUGAACAGAUGGGAGAUAAUGUCAGCGUUGGCGGACCGGAGCAGUGGAUGGAGUCGAGUACGUGGACAUCUUGUGUCUUCUGGAUCCAGUUAUUGCAGACUAAUAGGUUUAUGUUGUUGUUGUGUGCAGCUGUGAAUGGCACUGGACUCAUUGAAGCUGUCUUUCCUGUCAAUGGGCCCUACGGAUCUGCGCGGGUGAGUAUGAAGGCUUCGGUUGGCCAAGGAGGCAAGCUGGAUUUCACGGAACUCAAGUAUCGCAACCGACAAACCGGAGACGUGAUCGACCUGCUUCGUGAUUCAUCGGUGGGCGGCAGACGGAAAACCGUCAUCGAUGCUGAGUACGUCGACCUGGACGACAACCGAUCCCGAUGGUGAACCAACAAACCAAAACCAGAAAUGUGAAUCGACUCGGCAAGUUUGGGUUGCCCUUUGCUCAUGAAUGUUGUAUUUCGUCUCUAGGGAAGUGGAUACAUGUGCUCCCUGUUAACUGUGAACAAGUCUUUAGCUCUGAAUAGGGCGCUUGGCGAUGGGGAACGAGCCAAGGUGUUUGACGGUGCACACCGACUGCAGCUCCUCGACCGCCUGCCGCACAUUCUCGUCAUCGAAGUGACCCACGAUCUCCACGAAGAAGUCGUAGCCACCUUCUUCCUGACGAUAAAUCGACUCGAGACACGAAAGGUUGAUUCCGUGCUUCUUCCAUACAUCCAGCGCACUGAGCAGAGAGCCCACUUCGUGCUUGAUCUCCAUGCUCAGGCACGACUUAUCCUUGCCCGUGGCUGCAGGGUAACCCUUGGACACUAUGACGAAGCGGAUGAACGACUUGCUCUCCGCAACGCCAGCUUCAGACGCCAGUGCGUGGCUCGUAUCGACCUGCUCCAAGCCGCAAGACUCCGCGGCGCCAGCUGUAGUCACCGCCACUGUUGAUGCUUCAUUGAAGGCACGACUCGCUGCCUCGGAUACAUUGGCUACAGACACCACUUGAGCGCUCGGCCAGCACUGUUCGGCCUGUGCCAGCAGCCGAGCAUCCGUGUCUGUCGGACAGAAGACCUUGGUUACAUCCGAGUUCUUGCCCAGUUGCUUGUCCUUGGCCGCGAAGAUGAACGAGCGCGUGAGUACAAUUUCUGCGGACACUUUCAGAGAGCUACGCAACAGCUGCGCCUGUGUCUCCUUAAUCAUACCCAGACGAGAGUCCUCGAUCGGGACAACACCGUAGGCCGUACGAUUCGCGUUGACAUCGUAGAAGACCUGGCUGAUGGACUCAGCCUGCAGCAACUGGUCCUUGUCCAACGUUUCUCCUCCGAAGUGCGCCUGAGCUGCCAGCCAGCAGAACGAGCCUUCCGCUCCAGCCACAGCGAUCGACGGGUGAGCAACACGCUGCAGUAAAUACUGCACCUGUACCUCCUUCGUAAGAGGCAUGACGAAGUCGCGGUACAGAUCCGAGAUAAGCUGCGGGUUCACCUUCAUCUCCUUGUCAUCCGACGAAGCCGGAGCGUUCGGGUCUUGACCGUACGUCGACGCUUUCAACUUGACACGUUCGAGUACUUUCUAAUAGAUACACACGAGUAUAUUUCCAACCAGGUAAGCCAUGGUACCCCACUUGAAAGGAUGAAUUAGAACGAACCUGCUCAACGGCGAGGUUGGUAAGAGCCUCCAUGAUUCCGUCAGCGUCGUUCGCGAGGAUGAGCUUCGUGUAGCGCUCUGUCUCGGCCUGGAACUUGGCUUCAGCGAUAAACUUGCCAAAGUGAAUACGCUUGCUCAGCGCCUGCAGCACCGCGAUAUCCGCCGUCGCCGUAGAGCCGUACUGUCGUUAAAGAAUUUAAGCGACGUAAGCAUUCCGUGAACACUAAAAAAACGCGUAAGGCUUUCGUACCGCCGUGUCGUCGCUAGCGAGGGUUGUCAGACCCGGUAGGAUCUUCUCCUGGUACACGCUCAUGAUCUGGUUGUUAAUGUUGAUCCGGUUCGGGUUGAGCACGCGUGGGUAGUCAAGACUCGGUAGGAUCGACGCUGGUAGGAGGUGCGGGAAGAAGGCGUUCUCAUCCGGAGACGUGUAUCGACGUGUCAAUGCGUGCAGCUUCUCCGUUUCCAGCAACAUAAAGUCUAGCAGACUGCCAUCGAAGGUCGUGUACUUGCCUUUCAAACCUCCAAAAGCAGCACUCUUGCUGUACAGCAAAAUAUUAGUUUUAGUGUCCCGUUGCAAGUAUAGUUGCUAAUUGAAGCCAAUAGCAUACCUCUCC